AUGCUUGUACGCACUGCUGGACACAUGCAAAAAGGCCUGAAAGCACUAGAAGAAUAUUGCAACUUAAACGAGCUGGUAGUUAAUACCUCUAAAACGAAAGUAUUAAGAGUCAGUGCAAGUGGGAAGUGUCGGAAAAAAUGUCCUGCAUUCAAGUUCAAUGGCGAAACCAUUGAAGUGGUAAAAUCAUACACAUAUUUAGGUGUACUUUUCACUCCCAGUGUAGUGGGUCUGAGCACAGUUAAUCAUGCCAUCAACCGCAGCAAAGUUGCCACGAGUACUGCGCUGGCCACACUGGCCAAACUAAAAGCCGACUCCUGGAGUGGGAAAAUCAAACUAUACAAUAGUCUAGUACGUAGCACGCUUCUCUAUCAAGCCCACUUGUGGUGCAUCGGAUCUGACUAUAUUGAGAUGCUAGAAUCUGCCCACAUCGAUUUCUUUAAAAAAUUGCUGACUCUUCCCAAGUGCACGCCAGGCUACGCUAUCAGAAUCGAGCUAAACAUCGAGCACUCUGCAGUCACUCUACUACAAGCCUCCAUCAACUGGACUAUUAAAAUUUUGAAACUCGAGGAUCAUCGACUCCCUAAAAUCUGCCUUCUUCAACUACUCAAGCAUCAAAAAUCAACAAUCAGACCUAAAAUGCUCUGCUGGUCCCAGCAUCUUUAUGACACUCUAAAAACCAUCGGUGAGGAACAACUACUGGACAGCACAGAUUCUGAUCUCUGGGCUGGCCGUAAAGAAAUAAUCCUAAGCAAGUACCGACGACACCUUGCUCUCGCUGAUCGAGAUCGCUAUGCACGCUCUCAAGCCUGUCAAGUAAUCCUACCGACUCCCCUAUUUGAAAUCUUGCCAGAGAUGUCCAUCAGAAUUCCUCAACAUCUGAUUAAGCCAAUAGUUCAACUAAGAUUGGCUUCCAACUACUCCUGCUUCAUCUCCAUCGCUAAUGAAACAAUUUAUCUUUCACCGGUCAAGACUUGUGUGUUCUGUGGUUCCGGGUGCAAGGAAACAAUUCUCCACUUUCUGGUUCAGUGUACAUUCUACGCAAACCUAAGGAGCGUAUACUGGGAAAACGAUAACAGAAGCUGUUCUGAUUAUGAAACUCUGGGAAAAAUGCUGGGAGUCAUUAAUAAGCCCAACCUCAGAACUCUCCUUGAGAACCUUCAAAGCUGCCUGAUCCUCAGGAAAUCAUUCAUUUGA